AUGUCCUUCGAAUCACCGUACAAUCGCAACGUGUACAUUGCAAGUCUCCCGCGCAACUACACAGAUGAAGAGCUUCGUGCAUUGUUUGCGCCUUACGGGAAAAUCGUCUCCACAGCCCUUGUGAAGGACAAAAACACGGGGUUGUGCAAAGGUUACGGAUUCGUGCUUAUGGAAAGGCACCAAGACGCAUACAACGCUGUUAUUGCUCUUCAAGGCCAUACUGUUGGCAACACUCGUGUUCAAGUGCGCCUUGCCCGACCAGAGGCCUCGGCGAAGAAGGUUUAUCCUCUUUUUUGCCAGCAAGCGAUGCUAUACAACGUCGCGGAGCCUGCGGUUGUCCUGGUAUAUCCACAGCCCUACAUAAUGGGACAGUGA